GCGCCUCGGUGGUGGCGUCGGCGGGCCGCAGGCUGGCAUUCUGUCCGGCUUCCGGAUCCGUCUCUAUGGUGGCGGAGGGACCAGACCCCCGAAGACUGUGGGUGUAGUGGCCGGAGCCUCACGGGGGAGGCGAGGGUGGUUGGUGCCAACUGGGGGCGAAGAGGGGACCGGAGCCAAGACCCUCGGCCACCGCCCGCUGCCCUCUGGCAGGAGAAUUCCUGAUACUGAGUCCAAGGUGAAUAGAUGUUGCAAGGCCCAUAUUGCCACAAGGACGCAUCUGCUGUUUGGAAAUGACUAAGUAAUCCCUCAGCCAGAGCAGGGCCUGGAUCCUGGUGGCCCUCUUAUCUGCUGUGGGGAUUCAUGUGAAAACUACGUAAACAGCACAAGGUCCGUGGCUUUGGGGAGGGGCUGCACGUGGCCCCCCGCCCCAGGGAUGGGAGCGGAGAGCAGCGCUCUGAAGAGCUGUGCGCUGAAGGGGCCCCCGGUCACACUGCCCUCGGGACUCGCCGUGUUCCCUGCAGAGCUGCAGGAUGGCAGAGUCGCGUCGGUGUUUGUGUACAAGAGAGAGAACGAAGACAAAGUCAACAAGGCUGCCAAGCACCUGAAGACACUCCGGCACCCCUGCUUGCUGAGAUUCUUAUCUUGCACGGUGGAGGCAGAUGGCAUUCAUCUGGUCACUGAGCGAGUGCAGCCUCUGGAAGUGGCCUUAGAAACACUGUCCUCCCCUGAGGUCUGUGCCGGGAUCUACGACAUCCUGCUGGCUCUGAUCUUCCUUCACGACAGAGGCCACCUAACGCAUAACAACGUCUGCUUGUCCUCUGUGUUUGUGAGUGAAGAUGGGCACUGGAAGCUGGGAGGGAUGGAGACAGUCUGCCGCGUCCCCCAGGCCACCCCGGAGUUUCUGCGGAGCAUUCAGUCAGUGAGAGACCCGGCUUGUAUCCCUCCUGAAGAGACGGCUCCAGAAUUCACAACUCUGCCAGAGUUGCACGGGCACGCACGGGACGCCUACGCCUUUGGGAUGCUGGUGGAAAGGCUGCUCACGGACAUGAAGGGACAGGCAGACGCUCUCCUCAGCUUCCGACAGGCCUUGCACUCAGCUCUGCUGAACCCCAUCCCACAGCGCCGGCCAGCGCUCUGCACCUUACUGUCCCAUGACUUCUUCAGGAAUGAUUUUCUAGAAGUUGUGAAUUUCUUGAAAAGUUUAACAAUGAAGAGUGAAGAGGAAAAAACUGAAUUCUUUAAGUUUCUGCUGGACAGACUCAGCUGCUUGUCGGAGGAGCUGAUCGCCUCACGGCUGGUGCCUCUGCUGCUGAAUCAGCUGGUGUUUGCGGAGCCAGUGGCUGUGAAGAGUUUCCUCCCUCAUCUGCUUGGCCCAAAAAAAGACCAUGGGCCCGAAGAGACCCCUCGCCUGCUGUCCCCGGCCCUGUUCCGCGCGCGGGUGGUCCCCGUGCUGCUGCAGCUGUUCGAGGUGCACGAGGAGCACGUGCGCACGGUGCUGCUGUCUCACCUGGAGGCCUACGUGGAGCACUUCACUCCGGAGCAGCUGAGGACAGUCAUCCUGCCGCAGGUGUUACUGGGCCUGCGUGAUACCAGCAGCUCCAUUGUGGCAAUCACGCUUCACAGCCUGGCUGUGCUGGUCUCCCUACUUGGACCAGAGGUGGUUGUGGGAGGACAGAGAACCAAGGUCUUCAAACGCACUGCCCCAAGUUUUACAAAAACUACUGACCUUUCCCCAGAAGGUGAAAAGCUGUUGGUGUUUAGGUACUUCAAGAAGCCGUAUUUCCAUUCUCCCACGCAUGUGGCCUGCAGCCAGCACAGGCAGACCUCCCCCGGCUUGGAGAGCCCCUCCAGGGUAUUCCCUAAAGGGUUCUUUCCUGACGACAGGCCCAUCGGCAGCAAGAAGCACAAACAGCAAGAUUCCUACACCACUCUUCCCCAGACAGGUAGAAAUAGCGAUCGAUUUUCUCAGCCCAGGACAUUUCCCAUGAAUGGACUUUCAGACGCGAAAGAUACCUCAGGAGACAGUGAAAACUUCCUGCCAAGUCCCCAAGUGUCAGAGGAGUGGCCGGACUGGAGCGAGCCGGGGGAGCCUGAAGGGAGAACUGUGAGCACACAGGUGUGGCCUCCAGAGCCUGCCAGGUCCCCGCCCACGGACUUGAAGGUGGUGCAGACGGGGGACGACCUUAAGCACAGCAGCCUCCGCGAUGCAGUGAGCCCGGGAGGUGGAAGCUCUGGUGCCUUGGGGGAGCACAAGGCCAUUCCCACUUCUCUUCCGCUCACAGAGGAGGCCACGCCUUUGGCAUCAAGCCAACCCCAAAAGACCAGUCCUAGCCCAGCCCGGCCCCCAAAAGUAUCAUCACGAGAACGGCGCCCUAAGGUUCCAUCAGAACUUGGUUUAGGAGAGGAGUUCACCAUCCAAGUGAAGAAGAAGCUGGCGCAGGACCCUGAGUUGGACUGGUUUGCUGACAUGAUCCCCGAAAUUAAGCCUUCGGGUGCUGUUCUCGUUCUACCCGACCUGAGGACAGAAACCGUGAUCCCCAACACAGAUGGUAUCUCACCAGGGAUGCAGUUUUCCUCAAAAUUUGCUGCAGCAGAAAUGACUGAGGUAAGGAUUCCCUUGUGGGUACCAGCUGCCUUGUCCCCUCCUAACAGACACCUGUGCCCAGUCAAAGCGGCAAGUAAAGUCACUUCCUGUUACCGUCUUUCCUUCCCCAGAAAAAUGCAGCAGUGUGGCUAAGUGUUCAGUGGCACUAGUAAAUAGUCACCUUUUUACUUGGAAAAGGGAGAAGAGCAGGUGGACUUCAUUGGAUUAGAUGGUGCUUAGAAAGCAAUUUUACUUAUUUGCACAAGGAACUAUAAACUGCUGACCUUUCGAAUGUGGAGACGCUGUCCCAGCAGCUGCCCUUGGCUUUAUGUCGUUGCAGGCGGAGUCUGAAGGCUGGGGAGAUGCCGGGGAGCUGAACUGGGGAGACAGCAGCUGGUGACAAUGGCUGUGAGUUAAACUCUAGGAAAAAGGAUUCCUUUUUUAAAAAAAAAUCAAACUAAUACCUCAAAAGCAGGCUCUGCAGACAAGAAAACCCCAAAGCAUCCUGUUUUUCUCAUACCAGGAGCUUUUCCAGUCUGUGCCAAGGAAGCGAGAGACCCUGGGUGUGGCCCUCAGCUGGGGAAGAGCCUGUGCCUCCAAGGCCGGGUCAUUCUGGAAGUAAAGGAAAUAAACGCAAGACCUUCCAACUGAUUAGCUUAAUUCUGUGCCAUUUCUUUACCGGUGAGAAGAGUGCGCUCUAUUAUGAAAUGCAACACCUGGAAAACAUUUACUAUGAAGGACGUAAAUGACUUUUAAAUCGCUAAGGUUUCCUUCGGCAGCUUAUUUAUUUGUUUACAGUUAUUCCCACAUAUAUUAUGUGGACCAAAGUUCUUCAUAAGAAAUAUUCCCCAUAAUCCUGUUCUCUAAACAUCCAAUAAAGACUAUUUUCACUAGAUGCAA